GUUUUGCCACACCAUCAUACCCUAACUCCUUUUCACACCUUCAACUUUACUCUUUCUUCCCUCUUUCUUGGUUGUAAUACAAUACUAGCUAGUAACAAAAAUGGCCGCUUCUCAAUCAUCCAGGCCUCUACAUUUCCAACACUCCUAUGAAGAUAAUAAUCAUCAUUCUCAAGUAGUAUUUGACGCCUCAAUUAUUCAAAAAGAAACAACUAUACCCAAAGAGUUUAUCUGGCCUGACCACGAGAAACCUUCACUAAAUACUCAAGAACUAAAGGUCCCUCUCAUCGACUUAGGUGCUUUCCUUUCAGGUGAUCCUUCGGCAGCAAAGGAAUCAUCUAUUCUCAUAGGCCAAGCCUGUGAAGAGCAUGGAUUCUUUAUGGUGGUUAAUCAUGGGGUUGAUACAAACUUGAUAUCUGAUGCCCAUAAAUUCAUGAAUUUGUUUUUCGACCUUCCUCUGUAUGUAAAACAAAAGGCUCAGAGAAAACUUGGUGAAAAUUUUGGUUAUGCUAGUAGCUUCACUGGAAGGUUUGCCUCCAAGUUGCCAUGGAAGGAAACAUUUUCAUUUCAAUACUGUGCUGAUGAGAGGAUGUCCUCCACCACGGUUGAAGAUUACUUUACAAACAAAUUCGGACCUGACUUUGCAAAACCCGGGAAAGUAUAUCAAGAUUAUAGUCAUGCCAUGAGUACACUAUCACUCAAGAUUAUGGGCUUGCUGGAAAUCAGCCUCGGUGUAAGCCGUUCUCACUUCAAGAAUCUCUUUGAGGAUCACGAUUCCAUCGUCAGACUUAAUUACUAUCCACCCUGCCAGAAACCGGAGCUUACUUUAGGAACUGGACCUCAUUCUGAUCCAACUUCUCUAACCAUCCUUCACCAAGAUCAUGUCGCUGGGCUUGAAGUGUUAGUCGAUGAUCAAUGGCGGUGCAUUCUUCCUAACACUAGUGCCUUUGUUAUUAAUAUAGGCGACACUUUGAUGGCUAUGACGAAUGGAAGAUACAAAAGUUGCUUGCACAGAGCAGUAGUAAACAACGAAACCGCUAGGAAAUCAAUUGCUUUCUUUCUGUGUCCGAGGAAAGAUAAGGUGGUUAUCCCACCUGCAGAGUUGGUGGACCAAAAAAACCCAAGAUCAUAUCCGGAUUUCACCUGGGCAGAGCUACUCCAGUUUACGCAGAUGCACUACAGAGCUGACAUGAACACCCUUGACGCAUUCUCUACUUGGCUUCUCACCAAAAACAACAGAGAAUAGCUGGAAGAGGGACAAGUUGUUUGAUACCCAUAGACCGAGUUUCUUGAACUAAAGUAGUAAUAAUAUGAAGUGCAAUAAUAAGAACAAGAUCUGAGUUAUGUGAGGAGAUUUUGCACUUUUGCUUUUGUUUUUCCUUUCAAUCAAAUCAACCCCUAGCUAGGGUUUGUAUCAGAUGUUUGGUGUUUGCUGUUGAAUGAAUGUUCCUUUGCCUUUUUGUUCAA